AUGCGCAUCCUCGAACAUUUCUUCCCUGGGCAUGAGCUUAACCUGCAAUCGCUCCGAACCAUUGCCAAAGCCAUCAAGGAAGGCACAUUCAAUGCGGAGCCUGUCCAGCAUACCGAAGGCCUCUUCAGUAAUGACCAAGAGUCGCCUGAGGAUGCAGAGAGUGUUGAUGAUGGCGAGGAACAAGACGUACAGGAACUGCAUGAGCCGUUGGGCUGCAUGAUGAAAGAUUCAAGAGGGAAAUUUCGAUACGUUGGCGCUCACAGUGAAAUACCCUUUAAUGCUGCUGUGGCCACUUUGGGUAUGCAAAGGAAGGACCCGUCGAUUAUCCCAGGCCCCAAAGUAGGCUCAUAUCCGCCUACACUACCAGGCUCCUCGCCUUCGAAUUCUCCUGGUUUUGAAGAGAGCUACUACCUUCCCGGUCGAGAGUUGUGCGACGUCUACAUCUCCCGGUUUCUAGAGGAUGUCCAUUGCACGUACUGGUUAUACCCAGUGGAAACCCUGCUCCGACGAAUAGAAAACACGUACUCCGAGUCGACACCCCGCUCGUCGAGCUCUUGGAUGUGCUGUUUGUACACGAUGUUCGCUAUUGGCGCAGCCAACUAUGUAGGCGCCAAUGGCAACUCUCCGCCUCCGGAUUGGCCAGCUGCAUUAGACUUGAAGACAUCCGAGGACUACCUUACACUUGCAAAACAACUCAUUCCGGCAGUAUAUGAUGAGGCCGAUGUCGACAGUAUACGUGCUAUGGCUACGAUGAGCAUCGCUAUGGAGAACCUUUGCUCCAGGGUCAGCGCUUAUCUGUACAUGGGCGCUAGCGUUCAGAUGGCCUUUUCUCUAGGCUUACAUCGUGACCAACUGGCUGAGUCUGGAACUACAAUAGAGCGAGAACAAAAUCGCAGAAUCUGGUGGACACUGUUCCAGCUCGACCAGGAACUAUCUUCGCGAGGCGGGAGUCCGACGGUCAUAGAUGAGCGGUUUACGAAGAUACUAUAUCCCGGACUCCAUACCCCGCUAUCAUGGAUGGCGACAUCGGUGUCUCUCUGUCGCUUGAAGCGUGAGAUCAUACAGUCAGUCUACAUGGAACGCUCCGCCAACUCGAUAUCCUUCUCAACCGUAUCAAAUUCCCUUCUGCUGCUGCAAAAGUGGUAUCGCCAGAUGCCACCGCAUCUCAAAUACGACGUACCCGCGCCUCCCACGCACCGACGUGCGGUUGCACUCUUGCAUCUCCAAUAUUGGAGCACCACGAUACUCCUCACGCGGCCGUUCCUUCUGUACCUCGUCAUCAAGCACGGGACGCUGGCUUCGAGCAAAAGAAUAUGGUUCGAGCGAAUGGGCAAGAUGUGCAUCGACGCCGCACAGAAGAGCAUCUCGAUACUGACACAAAUGGCAAACGAUGGUACACUAUCGAGCUUGACGGCCUUUGAUAGCACAUGUAUCCUACGGCUGAUCAUGAUCUUUAUCCUUGCCUACGCACACACCAGAACAUCCCGGUAUAGCGCGCAUAUCGAGAAGCUAGUGGAGCUCACACGUGGUAUGGAGCAGAUAGGUUUUACCAAAAUGGUAACUGAGGAAACACCAUUACGUCUCGCAGACCUGGGUAUCACUGGCCAGGCUCAACAGAACAACGGAGACGCGAAUGGGUCGAAUGGGCAGGUGCAUCUCGAUGACGAGAUGAUCGCUCAAUUAUGGGGCAAUUGGGAUCCCAACUUCAUGACCCCGCUACAGACACAGCAAAGUCUUGAUCUUACGUUCGAUGAUUCUGGCGCCUACGACAUUAAUUCGGAGUUGUUGGCUUUCACGAAUUUGGACGAUUCCAUCAUUAUUGACCCGUCGCAAGCGUUUUCGAACUAUGGCAUGCAUUGCUGA